GAGGUUCAGAUUUCUGUAGACUAAUAAAGAAAUGAAGCAGCAGCAGAGUAAGUGGCCUGAGGCUGAUCCUCCUCCUGCUCCAGCCUCCUCUGUGUGCAGAUACAUUACACCCUGCACCAUCUUUGUGUUUCUCAUCAUCUGUGUUUUGGCAGGAGUUGUGAUAGUGUACACGGUGCAGAAGGAACAUUACUUCAUGGACACAGUGGAGUUAAAAGGCCUACAGUACAAACCUGACCUCAAGGAUAAAAUGUCUGCGUUUUUUUUAAUCCUGACAGCCACUUUGGAAACAAAGAUGCAGAAUAUUUUCCUCGCAUCAUCGAUUGGACCCCAUUUUGUUUCCUGCCAUAUCGUUGCGUAUGGGAACAUCAGUAAUAAUGUGAUGGCGACCCUUCGUUUGGUCUUCAGAGUGUCCAAAUUUCAAGUACAAUUUACAGACUACACAGACCGUUUCCUCCAGGAGCAGAUUUGGUAUGGCUUUCAGGCUUUAGUCAGUCCGAACCCGCUGAUCAUUCCUGAGUUUGGAGAAAUUCAGAGCAUCAUCCUUCUGGGUGCUAGCGGAAAGUCUUUCUAUGUAAUCAAUGCUAAUGCAAGUAGAUGUCCUGAUGAUAUGUUCACCUGUGCCAGUGGAGAGUGUGUGACUAAACCUCAUCCCGAGUGUGACUCCAUGUCAGAUUGUGAUGAUGAAUCAGAUGAGGCAUACUGCUUGUGUGGCAGGAAGCUCGUGCUGUACAGUCGGGUUGUUGGGGGUGAAAACGCCCAUCAUGGUGAUUUGCCCUGGCAGGUGAGUCUGAGACUCCACGGUCGUCACACCUGUGGAGCCUCCAUCAUCAACCACCGCUGGCUGCUCAGCGCUGCACACUGCUUUGAGAGCAGUAAAAACCCGAGGGACUGGACAGCCCUGGUCGGAGCGAGUUUACUGAGUGGUGUGGAGAAAGGAGCAAUCACAGUGAAAAUCAAGUCACUGAUCGUCUCUCCACAUUAUAACCCCAUGAACUCGGACAGUGAUGUGACUGUGCUGGAGCUGGAGAAGCCGCUUACUUUCACUCCUUACAUCCAGCCUGUCUGCAUCCCAUCCUCGUCUCACGUCUUCAAUCCUGGACAAGACUGCAUCGUCUCUGGCUGGGGAGCCAUCAAACAGGACAGCAGCAAGGUGCCUCCUAUGCUCCAAAAAGCCUCAGUGAAGAUCAUUGAUUCGAAAGUGUGUAACAGUUCGACCGUAUACAGAGGAGCUAUAACCAACAACAUGAUGUGCGCCGGCUUCCUGCAGGGAAAAGUUGACUCCUGCCAGGGAGACUCAGGAGGUCCUCUGGUGUGUGAAAGCAGUCCUGACCGCUUCUUCCUGGCUGGUGUAGUCAGCUGGGGAACGGGCUGCGCACAAAUCAAUAAGCCGGGAGUGUACUCCCGGGUCACUGUGCUCCGCAACUGGAUCCUGAGCCAUGCCGAGCCCAGUAGUGUUCAGGACAGACCCACAGUUGGCAGUGCAACAAACACAGCAGUCCUUCGAACCUCAGCAGAUAAAGUGAGUGACUUUAAGGCUAAACACAUAUCCUUUUUUUUAGGAGCUGUUAACUGCAGUGGAAACUUUAACUGUGGCGCAGGAGUGUGUAUCAGCAAGAUCAACCCUGAGUGUGACCGAGUCGCUGACUGCUCUAAUGAAGCUGAUGAGAAAAACUGUGACUGUGGCCAGCGACCUGAAUUCAGCCACCAGAGAAUUGUGGGAGGUGUGAGCGCCCGUCGAGGGGAGUGGCCAUGGGUGGUGAGUCUGCAGUUCCAGCGUUUACAUCGCUGUGGUGCGACACUUAUACACUGCAAAUGGCUCCUUACGGCUGCGCACUGUUUCAGCAGAAAGGAAUCAAAUCCCAGUGGCUGGACGGUGAGUUUAGGCUCUGUGCUCCGGUCCGGACUGGGAGCUUUGGUCAUCCCAGUGCAGAGGAUCAUCCAGCAUCCUGCUUUCAACACCAGCAAUAUGGACUUUGAUGUGGCUCUGGUGCAGCUCGCAAUCCCAGCACCGAGCUCCUACACCAUCCAGACGCUGUGCUUGCCCUCCCCGACACACAGCUUCUUCAAGCACACAGAGUGUUACAUCACUGGAUGGGGCUCAAUGAGGGAGGAUGGAAAGCUAACUAAUCAGUUACAGAAAGCUCAGGUUGGUAUAAUAGACCAAUCAGAGUGUCAGCAGUCUUAUGGUCCAAAACUGACUGCCAACAUGAUGUGUGCUGGAUCCAUGGAAGGUGGCAUUGAUACGUGUCUGGGAGAUUCUGGAGGCCCAUUAGCAUGCCGCGAGCCCCGGGGCCGGUGGUUCAUAGCUGGAGUGACCAGCUGGGGUCGAGGCUGCGCUCGAAACAGAUUCCCCGGGGUUUAUACACGUGUCACUGCCAUCAGGGAAUGGAUAUCCACAUACCUCCCGUUUUAAAGAUAUUUGUCUUCUUACAUACCUCCCAUUUUAAAGAUGUUUGUCUUCUU